CCGCAAAAUUGUAAUAGGUAUAGAAAAUAAGAAACAAACAAAAAAUAGAGGGGAAAAGAGUCAAAAGUACAAAAAAAUAAAUAAGUCAAAAGUCGUGUGUGUGGAAAAUAAAUUAUCGGCCAACGCUCUAAAACACUGUCGUGUUCAUCCCCUGCGAAGGAAAACAAAAAUGGCGUCAAAAAUUGUGGCGAAGUUGAAUCUGAAGCCUCAUCCAGAAGGCGGGUUUUACGCGGAAACGUUCAGAGACACCUCCGUGCAUCUCUCCACAUCUCAUCUUCCUCCUCAAUAUAAGGUCGAUCGACCGGUCAGCACAAGCAUAUACUUCUUAUUGCCUUCCGGAAGUGUUUCUCACCUACACCGCAUACCUUGUGCAGAAACAUGGCAUUUUUACAUGGGAGAACCAUUAACGAUUGUGGAGCUAAACGAAAAUGACGGGAGUGUUAAACUGACGUGUCUUGGGCCCGACCCGCUAGCCGACAAUCAAGUGGUACAGCACAUUGUCCCUCCAAAUGUUUGGUUCGGUGCAUUUCCAACUAAGGAUAUCAACAUCUCAUCUGAAGGUUUAGCUGCCAAACGAGCCACAAGGGACUCUGAACAACAUUUUUCUCUCGUGGGAUGUACCUGUGCGCCUGCAUUCCAGUUUGAUGAUUUCGAGCUGGCAAAGCGUGUUGAGCUCGUUUCUCGUUUUCCAGAAUACGAAUCACUCGUUUCCAUCCUCACCUUCGAUGAGUGAAAAUGCUUCGUUGUGUUUCUUACUAUAUGUAUCAUUUAUGAGCUUGAUAUGUAACUAUAACGCGUUUUUGGUAAUUCUAGCAGGGUGAAGUUUCGACAUUUGGCCUCUGAGCGUAUAUAUUAUUUUCCAUGCACCUUGUUAUGUUUAGUAAUUUGACUGUUGGAUUUCUUUAGUAUUAGAAGGCUUGUUUAAGGUUGUUAUUAGGAAAAAAAAAACAAUGAAUAACCUAACUUCAUGUUUCAAAGGGUUAACUGAUCCAUUGGCAACGUUUGG